CGCGCGCGGGGGAGGGGGGAGGACACCCUCAGCGCGAGACCCGGGGGCGGCUGGACACGGCGCUGGCGCGAGGCCCCGGCGGCGGCGCACGGCGGAGCGCGGCGCUGAGAUCAUCCAGCAGCAAACUUAGCGGACCAGACUGUGCCGUGACCCUUCGUGAAACCCACUUAGCGGAGCUGCAUGAAAUAUGGGAGACGACAGGCCGUUUGUGUGCAAUGCCCCAGGCUGUGGACAGAGGUUUACGAACGAGGACCACCUGGCGGUUCAUAAACACAAGCAUGAGAUGACAUUGAAAUUUGGUCCUGCCCGAACCGAUUCAGUCAUCAUCGCAGAUCAGACCCCGACGCCAACCCGUUUCUUGAAGAACUGUGAGGAGGUGGGGCUCUUCAAUGAACUGGCCAGCUCCUUCGAGCAUGAAUUCAAGAAAGCCACGGAAGAUGAUGAGAAAAAGAACGCCGGACCCCUGGACAUGUCUCUGCCUUCAACCCCAGACAUCAAAAUAAAGGAAGAAGAGCCAGUUGAAGUGGACUCAUCUCCUCCAGACAGCCCUAUAUCCACUCCACAAUCGCCACAAAACCAAGAGAAGGAGAUUGCUCCCAAGCCAGUGAUAAUCUCAACACCUACUCCGACUAUCGUGCGCCCAGGGUCGCUUCCGCUCCACUUGGGCUAUGACCCACUACACCCUACUUUGCCCUCCCCAACCUCUGUCAUCACCCAGGCUCCACCUUCCAACAGACAGCUGGGGUCGCCCACAGGCUCCCUCCCACUCGUCAUGCAUCUCGCGAAUGGACAGACGAUGCCCGUCCUGCCUGGCCCUCCCGUACAGAUGCCUUCUGUUAUAUCGCUGGCUCGGCCAAUGUCCAUGGUUCCCAACAUUCCUGGUAUUCCUGGUCCACCCAUCAACACCAGCGGCUCCAUUUCACCAUCGGGACUUCCAAUGCACUCAGAGGCUAAAAUGAGGCUGAAGGCCAGCCUGACGCACCAGGCUUCUUCCUCGUUGAAUGGAAGCAGCAUGGUGGUGGGAUCGGCAAGCACAAUGGUGACCUCCCGCCCAGAGCAGAGUCAGAUCCUUGUGCAGCACCCUGAUGCUCCUUCUCCGGCCCAGCCCCAGGUCUCCCCUGCUCAGCCCACCCCCAGCACUGGGGGCCGGCGGAGACGCACAAUGGACGAGGACCCAGACGAGCGCAGGCAGCGUUUCCUAGAGCGGAACCGUGCUGCGGCUUCCCGUUGCCGUCAGAAACGCAAGCUGUGGGUGUCUUCCCUAGAGAAGAAAGCAGAGGAGCUCACAACACAGAACAUCCAGCUGAGCAAUGAAGUUACACUACUGAGGAAUGAAGUUGCUCAACUUAAACAGCUGCUGUUGGCUCACAAGGACUGCCCAGUCACUGCACUACAGAAGAAAACACAGGGGUAUCUGGAAAGCCCUAAGGAGAGCUCUGAGCCCACAGGCUCCCCCGCCCCCGUCAUCCAACACAGCUCCGUGACCGCCUCCCCCAACGGGCUCAACGUCCGCUCAGCCGCCGAAGCUGUCGCCACUUCAGUCCUCACUCAGAUGGCAAGCCAAAGGACAGAACUGAGCGUGCCCAUACAGUCGCACGUCAUUAUGGCUCCACAGUCCCAGUCUGCUGGCAGAUGAUGUCACCGACCACGUGACCUAGAACUAACCCAUAAGAACUUGCAGCCGGAGAGACUGAUCAUAACCAAGUCCCUGAUUACCGGGGGCGGAUGUGGAUUUUUUUUAAAAGUGAGUUAAGGGCAGCUACGGAGCUUCUUAUACUGCAUAUCCUAUACAGAGCCUGGCCCCAAUCCAUAUCAUGUGACCACCGGUCCCUGCAGGUCAGCUUCUGAUUUGAGGCCUCUCUUGAACGUUUAGUGGUGAUCGAUCAACUUGCAGUCAUCAGAACACAAAGAGCCUCCCUCCCACAGCAGCUGGCAAGGUUCACGUGCACGUGCCGGUUCCAUUAACACUAAACCUCCUGUGGUUGGUGGUUACUGUUGGCGUAUUCACCCCCUUGUUUUUUUUACAUUCACCCUCUAGCAAAGGCAUGUAGCUCUGGGGAGGCCGUGACAUUUCGUGGUGCUGUCAUUUUAUUUCUAACAGCAUGUUGCUUCCAGUAAUCUCUGUUCUCCUGUCACCGCUGUGACUGACCCGACAUGUCAGACCCUCGGACGUGGAGCCCUGUCUGAGCUUUUGAUUCGGGCUGUAGCCAUUAGAAAUGCUGAGGGCAGCCCCAGAUCUCCGAGAUGCCAAAGCUCUGUGUGUUUCAAGCCACUUCCAGUUGCACACGGGUGACCGUUAUUCAUGGCUGCCAUUUGGGGACGAGGGGGUUAAGUGCAUGUUCGCAGCCACUUCUGCAGCAGUGGGACCUGCAAACCUUUCACGUGCUUCUCUCUCUUAAUGGGAUGCUGUAGCUGCUAGCAGUGCAGGUACCUUCAUUCCAAGCGGCAAAGGGCCUGUGAUAAAUCUUCCUUACAACGGGAAGGCAGGCUGCCAGGGUGAAGCCACUCUGUGCUAUGUAUGAUAAGAUGAGCCGGAGCAAAUGCAAGCCGCGGAAUUACCCUGCUACAGAGUCCCCUGCAUAUCUCAGCAAGUUGUGAAUUUAAACAAACAAACCCCAUGCAUUUCAGAGGAUCAUCUUGCUUAUGUUUAACCUAAUGAUCUUACCAAGCGGUGGCCUUAAAUCAUCGUUAGUUGCCUGUUACAAGGGGAGGGAGGGUGGAACAAUAUUCGCUCUUGCCUGGCCUUUUUACCUCUUUUUCUUAAUGGCUGUCUUCUGCUCUUGGUAAUGGGGCAUCCAUUGCUUUUCAUCCCGAGCAAAUGAAGGAUUCAUAAAGCUUUCAGUUUCACGGGGUAGGUUAAAAACCAGCCUUGACAUUUGAAAGGCACUUGGAAUUGUGUCUGCUUAUUGCCAAAGCGCGUAUGCUUGUUUCCUCAGGCUGUCAGGGACCCUUUGCUACCCGAACAAUAGUUGGAGGUUGUAUUUCGGGAGAAAGGAAGAGGUGCCGCGUGAGGUUGUGCUACAGCGACAAACCCGUCGGUCCAUAAAACUGUCAGCGCUUCAUCUUUUUUUUCCCCUUGAAGGAUUCUUCUCCUUCAUUUAGUCUUUUCUGCAUGUCUUCAGGUUGCACUUGCCACUUUUGACCCAAGUUUGUUUGUCAAAGUCGAUAGUUUGGCUUACUUAGACUUGGAAUAUCUUCCAGGGACAGCAAAAUCCAAACCAAAAAGGGAGGGUGGCAUUUGAACCCAUAGUGAGAGGAUCAUUCCGCUUGCUGUUUCUCUAGUGAUGGGAUCUGUCAUCUUUUCUCCUUCAGGUUUCUCUAGAUUUCUCUGCCUUACUUUCCCCUGGGUUUUCCUUUUAGAUGUCCUAACACAGUGCCCAGCACUCUCAUACUCCUGUUAUUUUCCCCUCCUGCAUUCACAAGGGCGUUCAGGAGACAGCAGCUCGUUCUUCUCUGUUCAGAAACCUGAAGCAGGCAUUCUCGAUCCAGUCCUUUUUUUUUAAAGCUGUUUAUAUAUAGAAUUUGCAUAUAGACAGAUGCCUUUGGCAUUGCUAUCCCAACAGGGUGUCUGUUUCCUUGGUGACAAAGAGCUGCAGUAACGUGUGGCAGAUUCUUUUGAAGGCCAUGCAGAUGUCAGCCCGAUUGGACAAGGUGUAGGGGGAUAAGGUCCUUUAUCCGGAAAGGGAUAAGACAGAAAGAAAUAGUGGCAAUGUCACAUUACAGGUCUAAUACAACAGCAGGAAAGCUGUCUGCCUCUUGUUUAUGCUUCGCUGUGUGGAGAAGUAGUUCCUACAGGCCCGGUGGCUUCUACAAGAAAUCAUUUGCAGAUCUGGGUUCAUAGUUGUGACUUCAGUUGUCACGUCAAAGUUGUUCUGUCUCUGCUUCCAGCCAGGAGACUCAUGUUAGCACUCAAAGCCAGCUGGGUCAUUGCUGCCUAUUGAUAGCCCAACACAUGGACAGAACAGCCUUCAAAGACCCUCAACUGCAAAGGGUCUCCAGCAUCUCGAGGCUGCGCAGUUGUAUAUACCUGGGGGCCAGGGUGGUACCUGCAGUGGGAACUGGACAAGCGUGCAGAGGCGUGUAUCCGUGAUGGGUUUGCUUUGGCCUUCAGAAACCACUUUGCUCCUCUUCUACGGAGAUCGAUACAUAUCCCCUUCUGUUGUUCUGUGGAAAGCAACUCUGUCCAAACUGCGUCUGCAUCACGAUCAGGGAAUUAGCCUGCUUCCUCUUCCUUGCUCAAGGCAGGGAGUUGAAACAACGUACAUCCUGGUAUGGAGAGUGAGCAGUCAGAGCCUCAUAGCAUCUUUUUGCUUGCCAGCCUCAAAUGAGCUGUAAUGCAACUGCAUUUGAGCACCUUGGACUGGCACAGAAGUUGGUGCAAAUGUGGUGAUGCUGUUUUGGAUGAAUUGUGCCCUAAAGAUUUUGUCCAGGAAAUACUUGAAGAGGGUAGAAAUGACACAGCAGCCCGCUCUUUGGUCUUAUGCCCUAUUCUACAAGGCAUUUCUCUGCUCUCUGAAGGCAAAUAGAUUUGACAGGGGUAGGAGGGGCUGGUGUUUUUGCCACACAUUUGGUCCCCGGGGUGCUGAGCAAGAGGGGGAAGAGUAUAAGGCUGUAGGUACUCCAGGCUUAAGCCGCUGCAGCUGGAAGCACAUCCAUCAUCCCACUCAUUAGUUACUAAAACGUGGAACGGAUUGGAGAGGUGCGCGAGUCUGUUCCCAUGGACAUUGGGACAUUAGUGUAAAAUCUAGCUGCUGCUUUAACUCCGGAUUUUAACCCUUUGGGAUUAAAAAUUAAGUCUGAGAUCUUGGCACUUACCAGCAAGUCCUGGAUUGCUGCCAAAAAGCCACGGUUGUCAGAGGGGAGCGGUGAGACAAGCAAGGAGCUAAAAGCACGUUGCGUGUCGUUGAAAUGCUGGUUUACAAGGAAUAGUUCCCGCACUUGCCAACGUAGCUGACGCAGACCUUAAAACCCCAUCCCACCCUCCCCCAGGUCGGGCCUGACUCUUUGUGCCUCGCAGUUUUGAGCUUCCCAAGCUGGGAAAAAGAGCUUUCCACCCCCUGGGAAGAGCUUGCAAUUCCAGCUUCCAAAUGGUGUAUAAAGCAUUAAUCUUUAUGGUGCUUCUCAAGCAGCUACUAAACACCCCACCAGGAGCUCGGAAGUGGGGAGAGCUAGAAAGGAACUGGUGGGACACGAUUUUAAAUGCAUGCUGCAGGGUUAGUUGUACUGGUUCUCUUGUUACAGGGGGCGCCUCACAUUGCUGGGACUUGGAGAUGAGAAAUUUUUCCUCCCCUUACCCCAUUUGUAUUUAUCUAUUUGGCACAUCUUUUGAAUGGUCUGUUUCAGCAUUUCUCUUUGUUAUUUAGUCAGUUCUCUUAUGUCCUGGGGUCUUCAGCAUGUAAAUCAGAGGUGUGUUUGGUGCAAAUCAGAGCCCGUGCCCGUCAAGCUCCCAAAGCUGGCAGGAGCACUGGAGCUGGUGCUAGAAGCAACCCUGAUGGCUUAUAGUGACUAUUAUCGGGGUCCAAGCUGCCUGUGCUUCCUCAAACGUGCACGUUACAGAACUUGAUAAAGUAACAUUCGCUAUUAAACGUUUUUGUGUUGUUAAAGCAGUAGCUCUCUGCUGCUCUCCAGAAGAGGUGAAAGUGAAUUCGGGCCUCCGCAAGAUGUUAUCCCAUCUCCCAGGGAAGUCUGAGCAUGCAGCUGGUGAGAACAGAGUCCUUCGUCAUGCGGUCACAGUCUGCUCGAGACUUUCCCUGACCUCCUUGGAAAUGGGGCAUUCAUCACUGGCACCAGCAUAUGACUCAGGCCACGAACACCUUGAAACCAGGAAUGACUGGACAUGGAGCUGUGCUGGUGAAGACCAAGUGCUUUACCUUCCCUGCAAAGUAAAUAUCCAAGGUCAACCCUGCAUCCACCACUGGCGCUGGCCUCACCUCAUUCACUGCGCUAAAACAAAAGUGCCUUGUCUCAGCACCAUGGUGUUACCUUGGGAUUGCCGAGUGCCUUAGUUGCAGCUUUCUUAGCAGUGAAGACAGGGUCCCAGACUUUUCUGGGGGAAGGAGGUGCAGAAAAGAGUUGGCUCCCUGACUUUGCAGGGCCACUCAGAUGUGUGCAGGCCACAUAGAUCGAAACUUCUUUUAAUAAACUAGGAGAGGCUGUUGGAGGCCCAGAACCUUUCCACCUGCUACUUCUGGCUUCGCUGGCAGGACCAGUACUAAUAGUCCCAGCACCAGUAAGCCUCCACCCCAGCCAUGGCUCCUGAACCAGUUAUCAGCAUGAAAAAAUGAUGUUCUCUUCCUCCCCAGGGUCCAGUUCGACUGGGAUUUGCCACUGAGUGAAACCAUUUGCUAAAAACUGUUCGGCCUCCAGCCCAUCUCUGGAAGUCCUUCGCUUCGAUCAGAAGCAAGCUGAUCUGAGCCUGGCCGGAUGGAAACGGGCAAAGCUGGGACACUAGAGGUUUGGGCGGUCUGAAUGGCUGAGUCGCCUUGGCAUGCCCUGGGCAUGGAGUUAAUCUCUCUCCCAAACGAGAGAGCGAAGAUCUCUUUAAAAGCUAGGAAUCCCCUUGUCUACAAGCUUGAGUUCAUUUUGCAUCCUCCCACUCAACCUCUUGCUGGGAAGCAGCCUGAAUGCUGAGCAUCACGAGAAGGUUUGCUUCCCUUUGGUUUUUGAACACAAAGCAUCUCUAGCCAUUGGCACCUUCCUGUCCUACUGCACGGAGCACCCGGUCCCGCGAUGAGACAGCAGUCCUCAUCUGUUGAAGCUAAUCCGAGCUAUGGGAGCCUGGCAUCAUUGUGCCACACAAGUGAACUCCAGCCUCCUCUGCCUCGCUCCCCCAUAGCAAAUCCGUUCAGGCCCCGAUGUAGGACGACAGUGAGCUGCAUGCAGAAAACACUUCUUGUAUGAGAAAGGAACUGUCUUAAAGGCUUUCCAAGCAAGUGGCUGUGCCGGCCGCUCUUGUGCAUGUUCAUUAAUCGCCUCUGGGGUUGAAGGACUCUAGUCAGAGCUAUAACCUAGGGGCUAGCUGGGGCUCCUGAGACUUGCACAGCUAUGAAAAGCCAGACAAUAGCGUUAUGAGCAUUUGGGUUGGUUUGGCCUAUUCCUUCAGUGCUAUUUUAAGGUCUGAAUUGGAGGCAGGGCGGGAGAAACGGUUUUCACCAGGGGCUGCUUUAAGUACGGCGGCAUUGGUAUUUCUGGGUAGCGCUCGGGGAAGUAAAGAUCACAAAUGUAAUUACAGCAAGCCCACUGGUGAGAGGUGGCCUGGGGAAAACACCAGCCCAGAGCCAAGCCAAGUUAAGAGCUCCUGAGAAGCCUUUAUGUCCCUAGCAGCAUAACGCAUUUCGUCGUCAGUGAACUGAGAAAUGCAAACCACAGCUUGGUUCUUCCUUUCAAGCCCCCAGCUGCUUUCUCACCACCUGUCUCCCUCUCCUAAAGCAGUUCCAUACUAACCUGUUUGGGCAAAGGCUAAUAGCUGCAGAUGAGGUGCUAUCGUUGUAUGGUCUGGAGAAUUGUUGGUAGCUUGGGGACAGCAGAAGCCACAGUCCCUGCACGUGGUUCUCGUCCCCUCUUCCCAACAUCUUUGGACAGCUUUGAGGAGCUGAGGGUGGAUCCUGUUCCCCCCACCAGCACCACCCUCCCACCUUGCUGCUGCCAGGCUCUUAAGGAGGAAGCCCAAACUGGGGCUAGCACCAGUUUCAAUCCAUCCCCUUCCCUCCCCUCUUCUGUGCGAGAAUCUCUCCUUCUCGGUAGGAUGUGGAGCGUUGUGGAUUGUGUGAUCUUUAGUCCUUCUGCCUGGCCUGCUUUAUAGUCGUUCGGGGGUGACGCUGUUUCUGUGACUGGUUUCACAAGACCGGAGAAACAUCACAGCAUCGAAGGCUGCGUUUCAGUGCCAGGGUGAGCAGGGACUAAGCAGACCAGUGCGAGGUCUGUCUUAUCACCCAUCGCUGUUUGCUAUCAUCUGCGAUGGCCGCGAAUGUCUAAUGAAUGAGCUGUGGAGCAGUUACGGCAGGCACUGCCCCUGCGCACCAGCGCCGCGUUCUCAGGAGGAAUGAGCGGGUCUUGCCCUCGUGGCUCAUAGCAGAAGGAAAUGCCUCUGUCCUCUCUCUCUUCUUCCCAGCCCAUCCAGUGAAGACAGGCAAUCAAAGUUGGGAUCGUUUUUGGAUGCGACCGUGCGUCCAGAGUAGAACUUCAGUCAAGAAGUCUGCCUCGGCUUCCCUCGUCGCUGCAACUCGACAAAAUGUAAAAAUCCUGGAGCGCACCAGAAAAAAAUCCCCGGGCGUCCAACAGCUGUCUGCUGGGAGAGGAGCAGGCCCCAUUUGCCUUUCCCUUGGGCUCCCCAUCGCUUCAUUUCCCGCUUCACUUUGUUUUUACAGUAUACACAGAAAGGAGAGUAACCUUAUCCUUUGUAGCGGUCUUUGGGGUCAGGUAUUUUUGGUUGUGAAAUGACAGGCUCACGGGGGGCCUUCACGGAAGGGAUCGUGCUGGGCACUGGCCAGCGCGGAUGUGUUAAAUGCAAGUGUCUUGGGGUGGGGCUGGGUCGGGGGUGCAGCAAAGUCCUGCAACCAGGCAGGGUGGAGAAGUCCCCCACUCAGCUCAGGUCUGUUGGUUCCUGCGUGAGUUCAGGGUAGUAAAUGAGACGCCUCAGAUCUCAGCCAGGUCUCAUCGUGAUUGCAGUGUAGUUCACAAGGACGCCCUUGCCAGCCCCGUGCUGGUGCAGGUCAGGAUCGGUCCCCGGCGGAGGGGAGAUGGGGCAGAGGAGGGCUGAGCAGGGUGGAGGGUCUUUGGGGUGGCAGAGUGCAUCCUGCCAGGAGCAGUUCCUUUCUGGGACCAGUUUCCCUCAAGCGCGCCGUCUGUUUUGGGGGGUGAGGGACCGAGGCAAGGCAGCUGCGUCCCACAUCAGGUGCAUGAGGCACUACCAAGUCCCCCUGUUUGCCUGGAGGAUGCAGCGAGCCAUUGCCUUGAGCCAGGGACGCUCCCACUUCCCUUGCCCCCCCCUGCAUUAACCACUAACCAACACGGCCCCAUGUCAUGGGGUCUUUUUGCCCUCUUCUGUGCAGAUGGCUCUUGCCCAUCCCCUUGCUCUGUGACCUAAACCACUAUACAGGGGGUUUCUUUUCCCUUCUGGUAUUUUUUUCUCGUCUAACGUGGGCUGAUGUCUGCAGUGAAUCUCUGCUUCAGGGACGUGCCCCUCAGCUCCGAAGCAGCAAGCUCUUGGGGAGGGGAGGGUUACAGUGAAGGGUCUGGCAGCAUUUGCAGGGUCGUGAGCUGUUUUUUCUCCAGUAAUCAAUGUUUCCACUAGUGAAAUGCCUUGCUCUUUGGCUCUGGCUUCCCUCUCCCCGUGGCCUGCAGGUUCCCUAGCAGUGUCUAGAUGCCGUCAGGCCUCAGCAGGCUCCGGAUGGGACAGGACAGGGUCUCCUUUGCCCAACGCAAUUGUUUGUCCUUCAGCCUGGUCAUUUAUCCGCCUCUCCUGCAGCAGGGUGAUAGGGGGUCCCUGCGCUGCCACUGCCCUUGGCAAAGGGAUGCAGUUUUGUUGCAAGGGAGUAUGUGCUUGCAUCCUGGUGGGGUCGAGGACAGGGGCUCCAUCACGGUGCCUCUGUUUCCAGCCUAUGCUGCGGGCACUUCUGCACUGGAGCAGGCAGUGAAAAGGCAGCAGGACCCAUCUCCAGCACCGGCUCCAUGUCUUCAGCUGCAGUGCAGAGCCUCAAUGCCUUGGCACAGACCGGGCUGGUCCUGCCCGCGGCCCUGGUGCCCCUGCUGGAAGGAGCCUCUGCAGCAGCCCUGUCCAUUGCAAGGUGCAGAAUUGAGUGGGGGGGCAGAGCCCAUUUCCCCUGAUCUCUUCUCUUGUGGGGGCAGCGCCAGGGGCGCCAGCAUCUGGGGCUGCUCGUAACCCCCCCUUCCUCAGGAUGUUGCUUUACACUUUGGGUGCUAGUGCUUAAGGCACAGAAAGGCUCAGCAUAUCAAACCCUGGGGGAUGUCAGGGAGCGAUGAUGAAGGACUAGAACAACCCCGUCUCCUUUAGAUGCCUGGGUGUAAUGGGUGGGUAGCAUCCAUCCCCUUGUCUUACAAUCAGAGCCGCGUCUUAGACAUUGAGGGUGUGGAAAGGGCCAAAGGCAGGGCUGAGCGUGUGCCUUGCAUGGCUUUGCUGUGGCUUUUAAAGGGCAGGGAGGAGAGGAUGGGAUCGGGAGCUGAGUCUGGCGCCAUUUCUUGCAGCCACUGCAGAGUAGAGGGUGGCAGUGCUGGGGAGAGGAGGGUCUUCGCCCCCAAGGCCAGGGCAGGAGAGGGGCGAUGCCUCUGCCAGUGGGUAGUUGCAUCAAGACACAGCUGUGUGUUGAGAAAGGAAUGACUCGGUGCUAAUAGGAAACGCGGGUCCAGAGUCAGCUGGGCCCGAACCCCAGGCCCAAGGGAUCCCCCAGGCCCUGCUUGUUCGCUCCAGCUCCGAGAUACUUGAACCCAAACAGCUCCGAUGACUUCACAGAGGAGGAAAUCCUCUUUCUGAGCCCCACAGGCUGCAGCAGGGAGUCGGGCUCUCCUUGGAGGAGAAAAGCCCAGCCACCAGGCCCAGGGAUUUGGGAGGGAGGAGACCCUGGGUGGAGGAGCGCUGAGCAGGGCCAGAGCCAGGGCUUCGCCUGGGCCUGGCAUGCUGGAACCUGCAGCCUCGGAGCGAAGCCGGCAGCAAUUGUACGUACCUGUGGCACUAACCCCGUCCGCUUCGAACAGCUCUGUCAGGCCGGGGAGAAGAGCCUUCUCGCCUUCCCUCUUCCCAAGGGCUCGGACAAAAGACCCUGGAUCCCUGCCUGCUGUACCAGAGCUGCCCGGGGUGCAUGUAGCAGGAGAGGAGGAACCAAAAAAAAAAAAGCAAACAAAAAAACUGAAAAAGAAAGAAAAAAAAAAACAAAAAACCAAACCCAAGGCACCCCGCAGCGCUUCCCCGGGUGUAGUAUCUAUAAAGCAGCCGCAUAUCUAUGAGUAUAUAUAGACUAUAUAGCCGUAUAUCGCCUUUCCUCCAGACGCGCCAUCCUUCAGGCAACGGGCGGUCCCCACCGGCGCCCAGGCCGGCCCGCGAGUCCUGGCUCUUUCAGGCCUGGGGUGAGGGGGGACCCGAGCAGACAGACCUCUUCACCGAAGUGCUCCUGUGAGCGGGUCCUCACGAGCUAGCGUGGGGCCGGGUGCCAGGGGGGGCGGGCACAGUGCCCUCGGCUGUAUGAGAAACGCCCCCCCUCCCCGACCCCGGGCACUUCCCGCCGUGUCCUUCCAGCCACUGUUCUUACCAAACGUAUAAUGUGCCUUUUAUUUAUGCUGCAGAUAUAACAUUAAACUAUUAACAAGGA